UGAGCCUCGCACCUCUACUGCCAAUUUCGCGUUUUAUUGUUUUUAAACUGAUGGGGUGGUAAAGAGUAGCUUGUGCAUUUAAAUAGGUGACGCGUCUUAAUUGUUAUUUUUUAAGAGAUUUCAAUGCUAUUAUGCGGUUUCGUACGUGACAUAGCAAUAACUUUCAUGGAUUAAGCUGUAUGUGAAACAGCGUGAGUGAUGCUUUAAAUUGAGUGAAUAUGGUAUAAUGAAUUUAUAAGGUACAGUGUACGUGUAAGAUGAUUUUAAAUGGUGCGCUUAUAAGCAAUGGUACCAUAUCAUGUGUUCAUCUCUCUGAAGCGGAUGCUAAAGCUGGACUGAAAUUAAAAUGAUAUAAUAUAAGUAUGGAAUAAACUGGACUUCAUCAUGAAACGUUGGAUUUUGAUAUCGGUGAUACUGGUACUCGCUGUAAACACAUCCGCGGAGUGGUCGGGUUGGGGCUCGUACGGGGACUGUUCGAGGCCAUGCGGGGGCGGCCUCUCCAACCGGACGCGCACCUGCCUCGGAGCUUCACAUACGUGCAACGGGACCAACAUCCGCUAUAAAGUCUGCAACUCACAGCCCUGUGACGUGAAUGGCACGAAGAUCCGGGCGGUGCAAUGCCGUUCCUACAACAACGUUUCUCUGAAGGACAACCUCUACCACUGGGAGCCACACUAUGACCCCCGGGCGCCCUGCAGCCUUCUCUGCCGUACCGUCGAGACUGGAUUUGUCCUUAAGAUGCAGACGCACGUGCUCAAUGGGACUUCCUGUGGGGAACAUCUGGCGGGCGUCUGCAUUGCCGGAAAGUGUAAAAGAGUUGGUUGUGACAACAUUGUCGGAUCUACGAGGAAAUUAGACAGUUGCGGUGUAUGUGGAGGGGACGGCUCCUCGUGCAAACUGCCGCGUGAUGACAUUCAGCGGCACGAUCACCGUAAACAAGGCGACAAGGGGUCGCACUGGGUGAUCCGUUGGGACACGUGCUCUAAAACAUGCGGGCAGGGGGUGCAGACCGCCACUUUAGCCUGUGUUGACGGCUCCACAGACGCCGUUGUACCAGAAGCUCUGUGCUCCCAGCAGCAGCGCCCCGAGACGCCUCCCAUUCGCACAUGCGCAGACAACAGAUCAUGCACGUUCAGAUGGCACACGUUCAAGUGGGGGUCUUGCAGUCGCACAUGCGGGGACGGGUUCAUGUAUCGCCGUGUCAGCUGCCUUAAACAACUCGACACGGGUGAACGGAAAGACGUGCCGGACAGGAAGUGCACAGAAGUCAAACCAAACGUGAAAGCCCCGUGCAAUAUGGCGGACUGUCCGGAAUGGCUUACAGAACAUUGGUCGCCGUGUUCAGUGACCUGCGGGUAUGGUGAACAGAAGAGGAAAGUCGUCUGCCGAGCUAAGUCAGCCGACAGCUGUGUAAGCGUUCAUAAACCAGAAAUGAUACAGAAAUGCUACUCCGGCGUCUCUUGUGAGGAGGAUGACUUGGCCAGCUUUCAGCAGGAUGAAUCGUCUGUGACUCGCCACGAUUUCUUUGACGAUGAAAGGUUGCAGGAGUUGUUCCUCUUUCCACAGUACCAGGUAUCCGGAUGGGGGUCGUGCAGCGUAACAUGUGGAGUCGGCUACCGUCAUAGGAACGUCACGUGCAUCAAAGGCGGUCACAUGGUCCCGCUCACAGAUUGUGAAGGAAUCGAGCCCCACAGCAAGCGGGAAUGUCACAACCAGCAGUGCCCAAUCUCCGUUGCAACGGCGACCACGUUUGCAUGGAAACAUGGAAACUUCAAACCUUGCAGCCAGUCGUGUGGCAGAGGAACUCAGACGAGUAUCGUGGAGUGUGUGGAUACGCGCAGUGACAGCACGGUUAUCGACUUCCUGUGUGACGGCCAACAGAAACCGGAACCUACCACCCGCCAUUGCAACCGUGUGCAGUGCCCGCCGGCCUGGAAAGUUAGCGAGUAUGGUGAGUGUUCAGUGCCGUGCGGCGGCGGGAGACAGUCACGUGAAGUGGAUUGCGUGCAGACGACGGCGUACGGUGGAAUCCAGGCGCUCCCCCGGUAUCGCUGCCCCGACCCCGUUCCUCUCGCCGAGCGGUCGUGCAACCUGCAGUUCUGUCAAGCCGAGUGGAACACCGGAAAAUGGGGAGAGUGUUCGGUUACGUGCGGCCUAGGGGUGGAGGGUCGGUCAGUCUUCUGCGUGAAGCUGGUCAAGGCGGACCUCCAGGUGAACGUCUCAGAUGCGGAGUGCUUCGGUCCCCGUCCCCCAAGCACGCGCCAGUGUUUCUAUGGGGAAUGUUACGAGCUUCAACAGUUGCCACGCAUCCAGGAGCAGAAGGGAACGUUUAUUCAGAUUAAACGAUCAAAGCGGAUAAGGCUGUUUGUGGGAGAAGAUGCCACUCUGUUGCCUAAUCAGGCUGUUAAAAUUAAGUGCCCAGUUAAAAACUUCCAAAAGAAACUUAUUUUCUGGACUAAAAACCAUAGACUUAUUCCAUUGGUUGGUCGUGUGCGAGUCUCAUCCAAUGGGGCUCUCAGAAUCACACGAGCAAGUCCAACAACUGAUUCGGGGACGUACACGUGCAGUGCGGGCACCCUGCACGCAAACAUUCACGUGGCCUUUCAGUCUAAAAAGGAAGCAAAACAGAAGGCAGCUGAAAUUUUAGACUCAAUUUUUGUUGAAAAUUUUAACGAGAGUUUUAUUAACAGACCACAAUCAGAUAGUAACUUUAAAAUGAAAAAUACCAAGUUUUUCCACGUGAAUUCUGUAGAAGGCAGCAGUGAAUACGAUUAUUCCAGUUUUACAUUUACCAAGUGGUCUGAGUGCUCAGCUAAGUGUGGGUUGGGUACGCAGACGAGAAUUGUGACUUGUAAUCACGUGACCGACAAAUACAUUCGGCUGCCGUCGGACGAAGAGUGCCUUAAAAAGGGCCUAAGCAAGCCAUUGUCGGUCCAGAAGUGUGUGAUAGAGGCCGAGUGUCCGAAAUGGCUAUUAUCUGACUGGACUGAGUGUUCAGUGGAUAACUGCCGAAGGGAGGGCUACUCGGCUCGCCGGCGCUCCGUCUGGUGCCGCUACGGGAACGGCUCCAUGGCGCCGGAUAUCCGGUGUGUGAAUGGAGGCGCCGGGAGCCGUCCGUCUACCAAGGAGCACUGCAAGAAUUCCAACUGCACGGCUGUUUGGAAGACCUCCGACUGGUCUGAGUGUUCCGGGCGGUGCGGCUCGGCUGGUCAGAAGUAUCGGACGUUGCGCUGUGAGUGGGCCACCACCGGAAGCCCCGCCAACUUCGCGUGUCAACAUAAACCACGCCCCACUGUCUCCAAAGACUGCAAGCUUAGCCCAUGCCCUAAAGGUCCCUGUACAGACAACACAAAUCACUGUCAGCGAAUCGUUCGUCUGAACAUGUGCCGCUAUACCGUCUUCCGGCGGAUGUGCUGUCACUCGUGCAAGAACGCAAUCUACACGUUGCCAUAAGAUUACAUGACUGGUACGUGACGUACCAGUUGGACAUGACAUAAAUGUUUUAUACCGUGUUACGCGAUGUACGCCAAGUGGGCGCAUCUGUUGACAGCAUUAGGGGAAGGUUGAAGAUGGAAGUUGUAAAAAGGGAGCUGCCUUAUAUAGCAAGAGGAGUGUGCGAAACUGUUGUGAAGAGUUCUUUUAUGAUUCCUACAUCUUCUACACUGUUGUCUGUGAUCCAGCAUUAUUCAUUGGUGCCUUUUACAUGUGCUUUUUUAAUUCUCAUUAAGUUUUCAAUUUUAAGAUGUUUUGUCGUCUGUUUCGGGCAUAAACUUGUGUCUGGGAAAAACUUACCAUGUGUUCUUCUUCUUUAUUUAGAAGCUUUGCUGCUUGAGAUAUGAAAUUACAUUGUGUUGAACUUGGCAAAACUUGAUAUGUGUAUGUAAAAGUCAUAGCAAAAGUUUGUACCAUGACUGUUGUGGGACUACUAACUGACUUAUGUUAAAAUCAUGCAUUUAUUUAUUUCGCAUUUCACUGCAUUUUGUUAGUUCUGUUUGUCUGCAUGUUUUCAGUAUGCAUUUGUUUUUAAAAAUGAACUAUUUUUUAAUAAAAGAAGAAAAUAUACGA